CUGCCUUCAAACAUUGCAAACUGUAUAGAGUAGGGAGAAGAGAAAUGGAGGGAGGCGACAAGUGGAAGAUACUCUUCUUUGGAGGAACAGGCUACAUUGGCAAGUACAUGGUUAGGGCAAGUGUUGCACUCGGGCAUCCCACUACCGUGUAUGCUCGACCGCUCUCUUCUGACAGCAUUCCGCCGACUAACUUGCAUCUGCGCGACGAGUUAGAAGCCAUCGGCGUCACUAUUGUCGAAGGAGAACUUGAGGAGCAUGAGAAGAUGGUGUCAGCAAUGAGGGAAGCAGAUGUCGUCAUCUCUGCCCUGCCUUAUCCCCUCGUCCCUGCCCAGCUCAAAAUCAUCCAAGCCAUCAAACAUGCAGGAAACAUUAAGAGGUUCCUUCCAUCAGACUUUGGAGUCGAGGAAGAUAGGAUUACAGCGCUUCCCCCGUUCCAAGCAUUCCUAGACAAGAAGAAAUGUAUCAGACGGGCAACGGAAGCAGCUGGCAUUCCAUACACUUAUGUUUCGGCGAAUUGCUUCGGAGCUUAUUUCAUUAAUUAUCUUCUCCAUCCAUCAGAGCAGAGGAAUGACGUUCUCAUCUUUGGAACUGGUGAUGGAAAGGUUGUGCUUAAUUAUGAAGAAGAUAUCGCCAGAUAUACGAUCAAAGUGGCAUGCGACCCUAGAGCAUGCAAUCGAGUUGUGAUAUACCGGCUUCCAAAGAAUAUUUUGUCGCAGAUUGAAUUGACAUCACUGUGGGAGAAGAAGACAGGCCGGACACUCGAGCGAGUUCACAUCCCAGAGGAAGAAAUUGUGAAGCUCUCUCAAACCUUGCCGGAUCCACAGAACAUACCGCUGUCAAUUAUUCACUCCGUGUUUGUGAAAGGCGAUCUCAUGAGCUACGAGCUAAAGGAAGAUGAUAUAGAGGUUUCAAGGCUAUACCCGGAUAUGGACUACACGUCAAUUGACCAGCUGCUCGAUAUAUUUCUCACCGGGAACCCUCCUCCUCCUGCUUGUGCUGCUUUUGCUUGAACUAUAUAUCUCGGUCGUCUGGAUUUAUCUUCCUUUAUGUACACUCCUUGCAUGAAUAAUAUGUGAUAUUGCAUCUUCCAGGUUUACAGGACAGCAGAGAUUAUAUCUAACAAUAUCUUAUGUGAAUUGGUGUCAACAUAAUGUCGUUUUUAAACCA